AUGGAGAAUGUUUCUUACUAUGCACGUACAAUGCCAGAACACUUCACAGACGCCGAUCUUCACGCCCUUCUUGUAGCCGCAGAUCGCAUUAAAUUUCAUCUUAUCGCAUUACAACAAACAAUCGAGAAGGCCCGACAUAAGCCAACCAAACAACGGGACCCCUGUGAACCGUGGAGAAAAGGUCCCGUCAUGAAAUGUCGGUGGCGUGGGCUUUUUCUCCACCCGUCCAUUGUUCAUCUCGUCGACUCAUACGUGAUCCUUUCCCUUCGCAUAGCCGUCCUCCGUCUUCAACUGUCGUAUCAUAAGAAGAUCACUAUCAUCAACUGCUACUCACCGACCCACGCAGCUGAUGAGUACGAAUUAAAUACGUUCUACAAUCAGUUGGAGGAAGUCAUCCGCAAUGAUAAAGCAUGUCACAAAUUUGUUGUUGGCGACUUCAACGCCAGAAUAGGAAAGGCCAACGAUAGCGAAUAG